GCACGGAUGACAAACAAGCAACGACUAAAGUAAGUAAGAAGGAAGUCAAAUCAAUUUACUUUAGAUCGAAGGGAAGAGAAAAUGAAGAGCUCCCGGAAAAUAAAGGACCUUUCAAAGGUGUUGCUAAGUGUAAUGGUCUUGUGCACCACCUUUCGGAACCCCUUUCGAAAGAGAACCUUCAAGGAAAGAACUCUUUGAAACGAACUAGUUCUGAAGCGUCGUCAAGGGCGAUUAAGCGACAGAAGCAAUCGAGCAUUUUGUCUUCGUCUGGGAAAAAGACUGACAAAGAUUCUAAGGACCUAAUGGAGAAGGAAAUUCCCUGCCCUGUUUGUGGGGAGAAAUUUGCGAGCGGAUUGAAAAUUCUG